GCUUGCUGCCCGCCCACAAUGGGUGCGCCAGUCCACUGCGAGGACCGACGCGAGAUGCCGUCCUUCACCGUGUGCUCGCUGCUCGCCCUGCUGGCCGUGGUGGUGGUGUGCGCGGCGGACGGUACCACCAAGGGCGUGGCCACCUUGACCGUCACCAACGGGACUUCCCCCGUCACCGGCAGAGGUUUCGUGUGCAAGAAUCUGUGCUCGCUCAGCAACUGCCACUGCAUCGACUGCCAGGAACCCACUUGUGUAUUUAUCACUCAGCAAUGGCAAUGCCAGUCCUGCAGCUGCACCUGCUAUCAUGAAGUGCUAGGAGGGAAAUAAGCGAAGGGUACACUGCGUGUGCUGGCAGUCCGAAAUAAACGAUCUUCAAUGACUGUA